AUGUCCGCCGAGCAAAACCAGCAUCUGGAGAAGGACUUCGGGCCGUCGCCCGACAGCAACAACAGCAAUGGUGAAGGUGCCAACCUGCACAACACCAUGACGGCGGAGGAGACCGCGCGCGCCGCCGCCCGCUUUGGUUACGGCCCGCUGUCCCACGUCAACACCGCUGAGGCCAACCUCCGUCCCUUCGGUGGUGAGUUCCAGCCCGGUCUGUACAAGUCGGUCGACUCGCGCAAGUUCGGCAAUCCCGCUCCCCUGGGCCUGUGUGCUUUCGCCCUCACCACCUUCAUCCUGAGUGCCAUCAACAUGAAAGCCCGUGACAUCACCGCGCCCAACAUCGUGGUCGCUUCCGCUUAUGGUUAUGGUGGUCUCGUCCAAUUGCUGGCCGGCAUGUGGGAAAUGGCCGUUGGUAACACGUUCGGUGCUACUGCUCUGUCCUCGUACGGCGGUUUCUGGAUCUCGUUUGCGAUUGUCUUGACUCCGGGUGGCUUUGGAAUUGAAUCCACGCUGGAGGAAACCGGAGGCAAGGCCAUGUUCGACAAUUCGUUCGGUCUGAUGCUCUUCGGCUGGUUCAUCUUCACCACCAUCCUCCUCUUCUGCACCCUGAGGUCGACGGUGGCUUUCUUCCUGCUGUUCUUCUUCCUGGACCUGACCUUCCUGCUGCUGGGUAUCGGGUACCUCCACCGUAACGCCGAGGGCAAGCCCAACCCGCCCGUCAUCAUGGCCGGUGGUUUCUUCGGUCUCCUGUCUGCCUUUACCGCCUGGUACAACGCCCUGGCCGGUAUUGCCGACAACACCAAUAGCUUCUUCAUAAUCCCCGUGGCCCACUUCCCCUGGUCCCCGACUGCCCGCUCUCGCCGGCAGCAGAAGACCGAGCGCGAGACCGUCUAA